CCUUGCUGAAUUUGUAGCGGAGCCUUGCCGAAAUCGCGAGAGAGCACUUUGUCCUCCGAGCUGACUGUUGCAGAGAUCGUAAUAGUUGUCAAAGCAUUUGGACAAGUGUUUUACUUCGUCUUUCAAGAAACUAGUGAAGAUUGGGAUACCAGAGAUGUCGUCCAAAGGAAUGUUAAACGUUGGAAGGGAAGAGGAGGUGAGGAGCUUCAGUUCAAGCUUGAGCUCGAGCUCAAGCUCCAACGGGGGAAGUGGGAGUGGCACCUCUAUUAGUGGGGGCAAUGGGGGUCAAAAGGAUAGCAUUGUCCCAACUAACAUUUUAGAAGUUGGUGACAGCCAGGCAAGGUGCUAUGACGAGAGGGAGGAGGUGGUGGGGGAGGUUAUAGGAUAUAAAUCAUGCCGGAGGAAAAGGGGGGAGUUGGGGCACUUAGUGGAGAAUUACAACAUCCCCCGUCACGUGCUGGUGAGGUCAGCUGGAAGUGAGGAAUGGGCAUGUUCGGCUCUAAGAGAUCAUUGGAUGCCACUAUAUACGCACUACCUAGCGGCUGGGCUUCGAUUUCCCAUUCCAAAACUGCUGGUAACGCUGCUGAAGGAGUAUGGGUUGGGGUUGACACAGCUCAUUCCAAAUGGAGUUUGGCUGGUGGUAGGAUUUUCGGUCUACUGCCAACUUCGGGGUGGAGAAGGACGAGGUGGAGAGGUUGGAGAGGGCUGGGGGGAGCUGACAAACAUAAUGUACCUCACCAGUCCAGAGGUGGUGGGGUCGUCUAGAAUCUAUGGGAAGAGCUCGUUAAGCGGAGAGGAAAUGAAUCGUUUAAGAGCUAGAGGUAAGGCGAUAAGACUUCUUGAGAAGAGGUCGAGGGCAUCAGCUUCGGGUGCUCUAGAGGAACGAGUUGGGGGUGGGACUUCAACACCUCACCCUAGUGGUGGAGCUCGAGCUGAAGUGGGGCCCAGCUCGGAGCCAAGAAGGGGGUCCACAGAGGAAGGGGUCGCAGCAUGGAAGAGGCUAGGGGUGGAAGAGGUGCAACCUUUGCAAAUCGAGGCCCCCACUAAAUUCGUACCUCGGCCUCCCCCCGUGCAGAUUAACCCAUCAUUGCGGGAGGUAGAAGUUGUGGCACUUGGGAGGAGGAAGAGCUUCGUUCCUUAUCCUAAGGCUAAGGAUGAGGUGGCAACCAAUGGGAGAUCAGGGGUAGUUCGGCAAGCCCUAGAGAACAAAGAGCUUAGCCGUCAAAAGGUGGCGGCUGAAAAGAACUUCAGUGAUCUGACCUCGGAGCUGGAGAAGGUCAGUGAGGAGUCAACCGCUUCCAAGAGGGCUCAUGAACUAGAAGAACAGAAGAAGAGGAAGUGCGAGAAGGCACUUGCAAAGAGGGAUGACGAGCUGGCCGAGGCUAAAAAGACAAUUGAGCUGGCAAUCCAUAACUCAGUGGAGCAGCACGUUUCAGACUUCAUCAAGUCUCUUACGUUUUCCGAGGUGGUGGACCUCUACCGUUUGCUGACUUUGGAACGAGACGAGGCUAGGAAAACUGUCCUCCUUCAUACCUUGGAGUUCAAGUUCGUCGCCAUCGAUGAGGAGGAGGCUGAGGUACCACCAGUGACCGAGGUGGCUGAUAAUGUGCGAGACGAGGAAGUGGACCAACAACAUCAGAUCAUUGACUGAGCUCGACCAACUCGUUCCCUGCUUUGUAUUGUUUUUAUUUUUAUUUUAUUUUAAGAACAGUUUAUAUUUCAGUUCGGAUUAAUAAAUUAGAAUUUUAAAA